CAGGGUUAUGUUUCCAUGGUGAUUCUAGAUCCAGUCAAAGUAACAUUAAAGAGUGAGCAUCACAGUACUAUGUGCAUUAAAUUAUAGUUAAGGGUUUUCCUAGAAAAAGAGAAAUGAGAAACCUUAUUUAAAAUGAUUAAGUUAAUGUGAUUUCUAUUUUGCAUGAGAAUUCACCCCCAGGAAUAAAUAUUUAUACAUCUUAAGAAGGUAAAGUAGAGGGCUGGAGAGAUGGCUCUGAGCUCACAAGCAGUGGGUGCUCUUCCAGGGGAACUGGAUUCAAUUCCCAGCAUCCACAUGGCAGCUCCAAGGGCACUAGGUACACAUGUGUUACAUAGACACACAUACAGGGAAAAUACCUAUACACAUGGAUAAUACAGUAUUUUUACACAAAAUAAAUUCAGAAAGAUAGAUGUAGAGUGUAAUGGAAAGUGAAGGAUGUAAAAAAUAGGUUAAUAGAAAAGUUUUGAUCUCCAAGGUUAUGUUAGUAGAUUUGAAGUCAUAUUAGUCAUACAUAAAUGACUAUUUUUGACUUUUUAAAGUGUAUUUUUAUUGUAGUAUUGAAUUGGUGGAUAUUUUUGGUGGAUUUAUAUUAAACCACUAAAACCCUGUAAAGAACUUGGAAGUGAUUAGGGUGUUUAAUUUUAUUUUUAUAUUGUUUAUUUUCUUGCCAUUUCCUCCAGAACACUGGGAUGAAUCCCAUUUUGCCCUGGAGUAGUUCCCACACUGGCAGGGGUUUGCCUAGCACACUACACUGUCUCAUGCAGAACAGACCAAGCUCCUAGUAUUUUGUCCCUCUUGUGUGCUGUAUUUUCAGGAAUGUUAAUGAGGGUGAAAGAACCAUAGAUUUUUCAUGUACAGAAAAAAUUUUAGAUUAAUUACAAUUUCCCUAUUUUUAUACUUACCUCAUUUAUUUCUGUAUUUUUUUCCUGAUCCUGUCUUCUAGGAUCUUAAUCCUCUUGUUUUUGCUUUCUCCUUAGUUCAGUUGAAUCUAAUACUUGAUGUCACCAUGAAUUCUGCCUCACUAUAUCUGAAGCUCAUAUGGAAAUAUCCAGACUCAGUGAGAAGACAAGAAGUUUCUUCUGGAAAAGAGACCUCAAAGGAUCUCAGCAUCCCUUUGCAUCAUGAAAGGGAUAAUAUAGAGAAGACUUUCUGGGACCUUAAAGAAGAAUUUCAUAGGAUAUGCUUACUAGCAAAAGCACAGAAAGACCACUUAAGCAAACUUAAUAUACCAGAUAUUGCAACUGACACACAGUGUUCUGUGCCUAUACAGUGUACCGAUAAAACAGAAAAACAAGAAGCGCUGUUUAAGCCCCAGGCUAAAGAUGAUAUAAAUAGAGGUAUGUCGUGCGUCACAUCUGUCACACCAAGAGGACUGGGCCGGGAUGAGGAAGAUACCUCUUUUGAAUCGCUUUCUAAAUUCAAUGUCAAGUUUCCGCCUGUGGACAGUGACUCUACUUUUCUACAUAGCACUCCAGAGACCCCGAGCAUCCUUGCUCCCUCCACACCUGAGGCAGUGUGCCAGGACAAGUUUAAUGUGGAAGUCAGAGACAGCCCAGGAAACUUGGUUAAAACAGAAGAAACUUUAUUUGAAAUUCAGGGAAUUAACCCCAUAACUUCAGCUAUACAAAACCUUAAAACAACUGACAAAACAAAACCCUCAAAUCUUAGAGCUCCGUGUUUGCCAGCUGGAGACCAUAAUGUGUUCUAUGUAAAUACGUUCCCACUUCAAGACCCGCCUGACGCACCUUUUCCCUCACUGGAUUCCCCAGGAAAGGCUGUCCGAGGACCACAGCAGCCCCUUUGGAAGCCUUUUCCUAACCAAGACACUGACUUAGUGGUACCAAGUGGUUCAGACUCAGUACUCCUUAAACCUCAAGUGUGUGAGUUCUGUCAAGAGCUUUUCCCACCAUCCCUUACAUCCAGAGGGGAUUUCCUCCGGCAUCUUAAUACACACUUUAAUGGAGAGACUUAAAUCACAUUUGAAAACAGACAUAUCAUGUUCUCUGUGAUGGUUUUGAGUUUGUAAUGCUAGAGAAUGCUUGCUUGUAAGCUAAAUUUAAGGUUGUGUAUAAAAGAAAUUCAUUGUCACAGCUAUUUGAAUUUUUCUCUAAAGUUGUUACUCUAUCUUUUAAGAGAUCAUUUUGUAUAUAAAAAACUAUAAUUCAUUAUAUUAUAUUAUUCAUGUUUAUACUAUAAUUUCCAGAUUUCAAAAUUACGCAUGUGACCUACAGAGUUAUGUAAUCAUAAUUUAUGUUCUAAAUGGCUAAGUUUAUUGUUUGACUCUCACGAAAUCUAUUAAAUUUGGUUAUAUCAAAUGUUUAUAGGGUAUUCAAAUUUCAUUUGAAUUUUUAAUUAUACUACAGGUAAUAUUCCUUUAAAAUAUGUUUGUAACUUACAGAUAAUAGCAGACAAUAUGAUCAAAGUAAAUAUCAAAUCAAUCAUUAGUUGCCCAGUGAAAAUUAUUUAAACAUUUUAGAUCAUUUUUUAAAUAAUACACAUGGUUUUAAUUUUUACUAUGUGUAUAAAAUGCAUGAUUGAGUGAUUAUUAUUAAAUAUUAAAAGUUCCUUAUGUCAUGAUUA